UUCGCCAUUUUCUGUUUUGAGCUUCCCAAAGACCUUAUGAUUGCCCAGAAAUCUUCUCACUUCCAAUCUCACUCUCAAUCAUGCAACUCCAAUCUCUCUGAAAUAUGAAGUCUCCUAAAACCGCCAUUUCUUUCUUCCCCUUCUUCAUCUUCGUCUUCUUCACAAAGAUGCUUCUCUUUCUUCGCAACCUCUUCCACACCAGUCGCAGAGCUUCAACCAGAGUAAGCCCUUUUUCUCCCUCCAUUCCAUACCCUCAUAACUGCGAUCUUCUUCCUUCUUUACGUAGCGUUUACGGAAAAUCAUCCAAUAGUUGUAUUGUAGCUUGCCCUUUGGCUUGGUUCACCAGUUUUUUGUUCCUUGUUCGUUUUCCAUUUUAUUCGAAAUCGAGCGCUAGUUUUUCUCUUGAAGUUUUGGAUAGAGAGCAGUUGCGUAGAAUCGUUGAACAAGACCAGUGGCAUGAUCCAAAGAUCGUUAAUUUGUUCGAUUCUGCCAUUGCGCCGAUUUUGGUUUCUAGGUUUUUGGUAGAACUGAAAGAGUACCCGUUUUUGGCUUUGAAGUUGUUCAAAUGGGUUAGGAACAGAACGGGGUUUCGGCACACCGCAGAGUCGUAUUGUAUUUUGGUUCACAUUCUCUUUUAUGCUAGAAUGUUCUUUGAUGCCAACGGAGUUCUAAGAGAAUUGGUGUCGUCGAACCGGGUUUUGCCGGGUUGUGAUGUUUUCGAUGUGUUGUGGUCGACGAGGAACGUUUGUGUUCCGGGCUUUGGAGUUUUUGACGCAUUGUUUAGUGUUUUGGUUGAGUUGGGAAUGCUCGAGGAAGCAAACCAGUGUUUCUUGAAGAUGAGGAAGUUUCAUGUUUUGCCAAAGCCGCGGUCUUGCAAUGCGUUUUUGCAUAGGCUUUCAAAGUUGGGAAAGGUUGAUAUGUCAAGAAAGUUUUUUAAGGACAUGGUUGCGGCCGGGAUUGCCCCUUCGGUUUUCACAUAUAACAUAAUGAUAAAUUAUCUCUGCAAGGAAGGUGAUAUGGAUGAAGCUAGAAGCUUGUUUGAAGAAAUGAAACAUCGAGGAUUGAUUCCCGAUAUUGUGACGUAUAAUUCUCUUAUAGAUGGGUUUGGGAAGGUUGGGAAUAUGGAUGAAGCGAUUUGCAUAUUUGAAAAGAUGAAAGAUGUAGGUUGUGAACCUGAUAUAAUAACUUUCAACGCCUUGAUUAAUUGUUUUGGUAAAUCACAAAGACUGCCUCGAGCUUUGGAGUUUCUCCAUGAGUUGAGGAAUCAUGGGUUGAAGCCGAAUGUUGUGACUUAUAGCACACUAAUUGAUGCCUUUUGUAAAGAAGGGAUGAUGCGGGAGGCUCUUAAAUUUUUUGUGGAUAUGAGACGAGUUGGCCUUUUUCCUAAUGAGUACACCUAUACUUCUUUGGUCGAUGCAAAUUGUAAAGCAGGUAAUCUAACCGAAGCAUUGAAGCUGACAAACGAGAUGUUACAGGCAGGAAUUAACUUGAAUAUUGUAGGUUAUUCAGCUUUACUGAAUUGCCUUUGUGAAGACGGUAGAAUGAAGGAAGCAGAAAAGGUCUUCAUGGAAAUGCUGAAGGCUGGAGUAACUCCUAACCUGCAGGUUUAUUCUUCCCUUGUUCAUGGAUAUGUUAAGGCCAAGAAGACGGAGAAAGCUUUUCAAACCUUGAAAGAAAUGGAGGAGAAAAAAAUAAAACCUGACUUGUUACUGUAUGGAACUAUCAUUUGGGGUCUGUGCAGCCAAAAUAAGCUUGAAGAAUCUGAGCUCGUGGUCAAUGAAAUGAGAAGCCGCGGUCUUAAUGCAAAUCAUUUCAUAUACACAACACUUAUGGAUGCCUAUUUUAAGGCGGGAAAAACCACGGAGGCGCUCUUGCUCCUGCAAGAAAUGCAUUACUAUGGGAUUGAGGUCAACGUUGUAACUUAUUGUGCACUAAUUGAUGGUUUGUGCAAAAGGGGGUUGGUCGAAGAGGCGACUGAUUAUUUUGAUAGGAUGGUUAGCAUCGGUUUGCAACCUAAUGUAGCAGUUUAUACAGCCUUAAUUGACGGGCUUUGUAAAAAUAAUCGCAUUGAGGCAGCUAAGAAGCUUUUUGAUGAAAUGCUAGAAAAAGGUAUAUCUCCUGACAGAACUGCAUACACAACCCUAAUUGAUGGGAACUUGAAGCACGGGCAUCUUCAAGAAGCUUUGACUUUGAAAAACAGAAUGAUUGAAAUGGGUAUGGAGCUUGAUCUGUAUGCGUACACUUCCUUGAUCUGGGGGUUUUCUCAGUUCGGUCAGGUGCAACAAGCGAAAACAUGGCUCGAUGAAAUGAUCGGGAAGGGUAUCCUUCCUGAUGAGAUCUUAUGUGUAUGUCUACUGAGAAAAUACUAUGAGCUAGGAAAUGUAGUUGAAGCCGAUGAAUUGCGAGAUGAAUUGGUGAAAAGGGGUCUAAUAAAAGGAGCGUGCACUUAUGCAGUUCCUGAGGCUGGAACUUGAGAGCAGGCAGGACUUUCUCCCCAGUUUUCUCGGAGCAGGAUUGGAUUUCUGUACUAGAAGCUCAAAAUGCUUCACCUUUCAUAAUUGGGUGUAGACACCCGAAUGUUGACAAGAUUCUUUUUAUUGGUUUCUGGCUUAUAUCUUGACAAAAAUGAG